AUCUCGCGAGUUUAGAGGUUUGUAUCAAAAUAAAAAUUUGUUUGUUAAAUAUUUAUAAAUCGAGACUUAUCGGCUUGAAGUGAUAGUGCGAGAGGAAACUGUUGCCAAGAAUCUCUGCUUUUUAGCAUUUAAUUUCUCCAUCUCAAGAGUUCCGGAAGCAAAAUGAGUCGUCGAAAACGAACGAAGGUUGAGUACAGGGAAAUGGAAGAGAAGUAUAACCAAUUAGAAGACGAAAAUGCUUCUGAUGCUUCAGAAAAAUCUAAGACAGGUUUAGGAACUCCCGAAAAAAAAGGUUUAAUAGAACCGAAAAAGGAUUCUGAACCAGUGAUAACUGCUCCUCUACCUAUAUCUUCCAAAAACGAAACAAAAGAGGAAGAGGAUCAGGAUAGUGAUCAUGAAGAUCCGCAUGUUAAAGAAUUGCUCAAUGGCCUCGAAGGAGCUGCGUUUCAAAGUCGUCUUCCCUUCGAUAAACUGACAUCGACAGAAGCAGCCUGCUUCCCCGAUGUUUCGAGUGGACCUCCACAAACACAGAAAGUUUUUUUGCACAUUAGAAAUAGAUUAUUGCAAAUAUGGCUCGAGAAUCCAAAACAGCAGCUUCUUUUUGAAACUGCCUUGCCUCAGAUUGAAGCGCCUUACAAUAGUGACGCAAUACUCGCGCGCAGAGUUUAUGCCUUCUUAGAGCGACAUGGAUUUAUUAAUUUCGGAAUAUUUAAAAGACUCAAGCCUCUACCGACAAAAAAGCUAGGAAAAGUUAUUGUAAUCGGUGCAGGAAUCGCUGGUUUGGCUGCAGCUCAGCAGAUGCAACAAUUCGGUUUAGAAGUAAUCGUCCUAGAAGCGAGGGAUCGAGUCGGUGGGCGAAUUGCAACUUUCCGAAAAUCGUCCUACAUUGCAGAUUUGGGAGCAAUGGUUGUGACUGGUCUGGGAGGCAAUCCUGUAACAACUCUUAGCAAACAGAUUAAUAUGGAAUUGCAUAAAAUUAGACAGAAGUGUCCUCUGUACGAAAGCGACGGUCAAACUGUGCCAAAAGACAAGGACGAGAUGGUGGAAAGAGAAUUCAAUAGAUUGCUCGAAGCAACUUCUUAUCUUUCUCACCACUUAGAUUUUAAUUAUGUAAACAACGCGGCAGGAGCUCCAGCGCAACCAGCUCCAACUCGUCCAGUUUCCUUAGGACAAGCCCUGGAAUGGGUGAUACGCUUGCAGGAACAAGGCGUGAAACAAAGACAAGUUACUCAUCUCCGUCAGUACUUGGCUCUGCAGGGUAGAUUAAUAUCAAAUCAACACAGGAUGAUCGCAAUUAAAGAACGCCUGGUUGAAUUGGACAAGCAAUAUAAAGAAAUGUCGGACAGUAAACAAGCGAGAGACAUCACGCAAGAGUUUGUUCUCAGAUCAAAACUGCGAGAUCUACAUAAUGUUUGCAAAGAGUGGGACCAGCUUGCAGAGCAACAAAAAGAAAUCGAGGCGAAGCUGCAGGAAUUAGAAGCUUCACCGCCAAGUGAUGUUUAUCUAUCAUCAAAGGACCGCCAAAUAUUAGAUUGGCAUUUCGCAAACUUGGAAUUCGCCAACGCCACUUCACUUUCUAAUUUGAGCCUCAAACACUGGGACCAGGACGACGACUUCGAGUUCACUGGCAGUCAUCUAACCGUUCGAAAUGGGUAUUCGUGCGUUCCAGUGGCCCUUUCAGAAGGUCUGGACAUCCGGUUAAACACGGCUGCCCGAGUUGUAAGAUAUACAGCCACUGGCGUUGAAAUUUGGGCAGCACCUUCCAGAAGUCCUCAAACUAAUCACACAACCUACAAAGCCGACGCGGUACUCGUCACCCUUCCUCUGGGUGUUUUAAAAGCAUCGGCUCCACCUUCAGCUGUCAGUUUUAAUCCUCCACUUCCAGAAUGGAAAACUCAAGCCAUCCAGAGACUUGGCUUUGGCAAUCUAAACAAGGUGGUAUUAUGUUUCGAACGCAUUUUUUGGGACCCGACGGCAAACUUGUUCGGUCAUGUAGGAAGUACAACGGCGUCUCGUGGCGAACUCUUUUUAUUCUGGAAUUUGUACAAAGCGCCGGUCCUUUUGGCACUGGUUGCUGGUGAAGCUGCCUGCGUUAUGGAAAACGUUAGCGACGACGUUAUUGUUGGACGUUGCAUCGCAGUUCUCAAGGGUAUCUUUGGAAACCAAGUCGUGCCUCAGCCCCGUGAGAGCGUGGUAACAAGGUGGCGUGCGGAUCCCUGGGCUCGAGGAUCUUACAGUUUUGUAGCCGUUGGAAGUUCCGGAAGCGACUACGACCUUCUGGCUGCACCCGUGUUGCCCUCACCCCCGCCAAACCAACCGCCAGGAGCACCUCCACCCCAACCGCGAUUGUUUUUCGCUGGCGAACACACGAUACGCAAUUAUCCGGCGACAGUGCACGGGGCGUUUUUGAGUGGACUCCGAGAGGGUGGCCGUAUAGCAGACCAACUUUGUGGAAGUCCGUAUGCACCUCCUAACAUAACCACUUCCGUUGCCUCGUCAACCGCAAUCCCCACACCUACUCCGAGCUCAGGCGUAACUACAUAAAGACUUGCCAGCUAAUGCGUUCGUUCGCGCAAAAUCUUCACAGACGACUAGUGACCACCAACUCUCUAGCAAACGUUGAAAACUUUUUAUCGCAGAUCCACUGAUGAAACUUGGAGAACCUUUCAACGAGCUGAGCAUUUCUCAUGUAAAACGUAACUCGACUGAAUAUCUUCUAAUCUUGCGACCCAUUCCUUCUUCCAGGUCAACGUUCUUCGCUUAUUGUUUAAAUCUUUAAAGUGGUCUUCAUUUAGCCACAUUGUUUCAUUCAGGAGUUACUGUUUAUUAAUUUUAAUGUUGUUAGAAACUUUUUUUUCUCACUUUUUGGAAGAUCUUGUUUGCUUCAAAAACUUUUUUUUAGGUUUUGCAUCCGACACUAGCGACGUGUUUAUGUGGAAGCAAAUUUUGAAAUAGGGGAAAAACCAACAGUGUGACCAACAGAAAUUCACGAAUUAAUCGCGACUUUAUGUUGGUAACAGUGUCUUCGAUAUUGCAAGAGAUUUUGCGACCCUAGCAAAAAAUUUUUCUGUGUAAAUAUAAUAUCUAUUUCAAAAAAAAGGAUUGACCAUUUGCAUAUUGAAGAGUUGUUACGUUUCUUAUUGCCUGUGGGAAGAGGAAUUUAAAUUACAAAUAUUCUUAUUGAUAGCAACGUGUUUUAAGAGUUUCAUUCACUAUAAUUACAUUCAAGUGAAUUCAGUUCUUUUUAUUCAAUUCCAUUUUUUAAGAGACUUGAAAUCACUUUAAAUUAAUUUGAAUUCUUUUAAAUUCAGUUUCGUUUUCUUUCAAGUUAG